AUGUUGACAAAAAUUAGCAACAACAACAUCAACAACAACAUCAACAACAACAAUAAUAAUAAUAACGAUAAUAAAAGUAUUGACCAACAACAACAACAACAACAACAACAUUUGAGUAUCGAUACACCAGCAAUUUACGCCGAUACAACGUCCUCUCCUUACUACUCGAUGUCACAGAAACCAACAACAACAACAUCAACAACACAUUUUUUCAACAACAACAACAACAACUUAAAUUAUUACUACAAUCUUCUUGAAAGUAACAACAGUUACAUUAGCGAUACAUUACUAACAACAACAACAACAGCAUCAACAACAACAAAUUCGCCACCAGGAUAUAACACGCUUUUGUUGAAAAAUCUUCACAACAACAACAUCAACAACAACGACAACGAUGACAAUAACGACAACAUAGAUAACAUCAACAACAAUGUAGAUAGUUACAGCAACAACAAUUUUCGAAUAUCAUUAUUAUUUCCUGGUUUAAAUUAUAGCAACAACAACAACAGCAACAUAAACAACAACAACAACAAUGCAAAUGAUUGUGUUUCUUACUAUGGCGACUACUUUUACAACACAACAUGGACUCCAACAAUCAACAACAACAACAACAACAACAAUUGUCAACAGAAUUUUCUAGAAAACGCGGCUAGCGACUACUAUCGCUACUACAGCAGCCACAACAGCCACAACAUCAACAACAACAUACCGUCAUUAUAUUUUAAUGAUUUAUAUCAAAAAUACGAUCACAACAACAUCAACAACAACAUCAUCAACAACAACAACAUCAACAACAACAACAUCAACAACAUCAACAAAACUAAAAAACUAUCAAUCACAACAAUUGAUGAUGACGAUCCUGAUGGCCUUGAUACCGGUGAUGAUGAUGACGAUGACGACAUUGACUUCAACAAAAAUGUUGAGUGCGGUGAUGAUUGCGAUCUCAACAGCAACAUCAACAACAUCAACAACUACUACUACAACUACCCACAGCGACAACAACACUACCAUCAUCAGCAGCAGCAGCAACAACAGUUACUUCUACUACCACAGCCACACAACUACAACAGCAGCAACGACAUCUUCCAUCAUUACGCAACGACGACAACAACAACAACAUCAACUAAACAACUAUUAUCAUCAUCAUCAAAAGCAUCAUUAUCAGCAUCAUCGACAACGAAACACACGACUACUACAACAAUGUCGCGACAGCCACAAAAUUUUUGUCGCACGGACGACCCUUGCUUAGCCUGGUCUUGCAAAAGCUGCCGACGGCGACGGACCACCUCGGCCACAGAUCGCCGAAAGGCCGCCACAAUGAGAGAGAGAAGAAGGUUGAAGAGGGUGAACGAGGCUUUUGAAGCCCUCAAGAGGAGAACCUGCCCCAACCCGGCCCAAAGAAUGGCGAAGGUUGAAAUCUUAAAAAGUACAAUCGACUACAUCGAAAAUCUCGAAGAGCUGGUCACCCUUGCAAAGAAAUCGAACCCGAAUAUCAAGCUACCGACCAAGUCGGUACAUCCCUACGGCAACAACAACAACAAUAAUAAUAACAACAACAACAAUAAUAAUAACAGCAACAUUGACAAGCAUGUUAAUAAGAAGGCAUACGAAAAUUGCCAUAAAGAAAUUAACAACAACAACAAACAAUAA